GUGGGAGGGAGGGAGGGCGGCAGGCAGAAGCAAGCAAACUAAUUCUCACCCAAGAACAGACAGUCGUGCCAGAGCAGGAGCCGCUGUUAGUUCACCUCUCUGGCGCUCUUUGCACAUCAACAAAGACACGUUAUUUGUGUUUGUUCUUCUUCUUCCUCGAGUCUACCAAGUAGGAUCAGAGUUUCCAUUUUGGAUAGGGGGCUGCAAACACUCGCACCCACACUUUCUUCAAGCCUCGAGAACUUAAGCUGAAUGCCGGCAUGCCAUUUGGGUGCCUUGCCCUGCGAGAUGGGCGGAGUUACGAUAGCAUGUCUGAUGUCAACGACAAAUAUGAGAUUGGACAAGUCCUCCGAGCGAAGGAGUUCUGUGAGCUGUGUUUGGCUAAGGACAGACAGACAGACAAGGUGUUUGUCUGCAAGAAAUUCCUCAAGAAAGACGGCAGGAAAGUCCGCAAGGCUGCCAAGAACGAAAUCAUGAUCCUGAAAUUGAUCAACCAUCCAAACAUCCUUCAGCUGAUUGACACAUUCGAGACCCGGAAAGAAUACCUCAUCAUCCAGGAACUUGCCACAGGAGGAGAUGUAUUUGACUGGAUUCUGGACCAAGGGAAUUACACAGAAAGAGACGCAUCCAAUGUCAUCAGACAGGUCCUUGAGGCAGUAGCGUACUUACACUCCCUCAACAUAGUUCACAGGAACCUAAAGCUGGAAAAUCUGAUGUACUACAAUGAAAACAACCACAACAAAGUAGUUCUGCGAGACUUCUACUUGUCCCGGUUUGAAAACGGACCCAUCACAGAGCCUUGUGGAACCCCAGAAUACCUAGCUCCUGAAGUGGUGGCUCGUCACCGAUAUGGUCGUCCUGUGGACUGCUGGGCUGUGGGUGUCAUUAUGUUCAUACUCUUAUCAGGUAACCCUCCUUUUUAUGAUGAGACAGAGGAGGAGAACACAGAUCUACAUAAUCGCAUCAUCUUCUGUCGCAUUGUUGCUGGUGACUUUGAGUUUGAUUCUCCAUACUGGGAUGACAUUUCACCUGCAGCUAAGGAGCUUGUCUGUCGACUCAUGGAGGUGGACCAGAUGCUGAGAAUCACCGCACAGGAUGCACUUUGGCACGAAUGGAUUGCGGGGAAUGGUGCAUCAGAGAAGAACCUUAAGGAUGGUGUGUGUGCCCAGUUUGAGAAGAACUUUGCCAAGGCCAAAUGGCGGGAGUUGAAGAAAGCGAUCCGUGUCACCACCUUCAUGCAACGUUUGAAGAAUUCAGAGACACUGACUGAAAGUUCAGCCGAGGCUCAGGGCAGCGAGGAGGCAGGAGACGGUAAAGGGGGGGUGUCACAAGGAACAAGUGAUGAGGGAGACAAAGGGACGAGUGAUGGAGGGUUAACAUCAAGUAGUGUGUCUUUAGAAGUUACUGUUGAAAAUACACCGGUAGGUAUGGACCAGGAUGAGGGGAGGAGUAAGGUCGGAGAAAAACAAGAUGAGGUCAAGAUGAGCAUAGGCCCAUCAGAUAUUCAGGAGCCUCUCAGUCAGAAAAGCCAAACAGAUGCAGCCCCGAUACUCAAACAGGAGGAGCUUGAUAAGGUUGGUGCAAAGAAAGCAACAGGUGAUGGAACCAGGAAAAUAGCUGCCAAUUUGGGUCAAAUUAAAGUUGUUCCAAAAUCCAAACCAACUCCCGUAAUGACGCCUGACCCCUCCAACCUGUCAGACGGUUCUUUAGGCACUAACCUUGACAAAAAACACACAUCCACCUCCCCUGAUCCCAGCAACAAACGUAAGAUGGCUGCAACGCUCCAUGGCCCUCUACACACAGCCUCUGUUGCUGGAACAGCCUCACCAGAGAAGAGGCCAGCCACGCAGAGGGAGCAAAAGGAUGAGACUGAUGGAAGCUGGUGUCAGACACAAGUACCUGAUGCAGUGGCAGAGAGGUCAGUGGCAGUCACUCCAGCAAUGGUGCCUGGAGCUGGGGCAGAUGUAGGACUUGGAGUUAGAUUAAGGGGUGAUUCUAGCCCUGUGGGUAGAAGGGAAAGAGAUGCCAAGACAACAGACAGAUACAGUGCUGAGUUUAGCAUAGCGAGGCCAGGUCCUGUGACAGGACAGGGUUGUUAUGUAGUAGGCAGCUCUGCUAGUUUAGGCCGUCACGCCACACCAUACAGCACAGAAGUUGGGACUGUAGGGAUGGGGAUGGCAGGAAGCUAUGGAAGUCCAUACAGUUCCCUGUAUACGAGUGGCGCAGGGGUAGGGAUGUACGGGACUGGGCUAUCACAUGGAGGAGGUGGGAGCAGCACUACAAGCGACUGGCAAAUGGACAGUGUGAUCGAGCAGAUAGAAAAGCAAAUGGCUGCCGUGCUGGAGAAGAUUGAGGGAGACAUGCCCUCGCUGUUAGAGCAAAUCAGUGACUGCCCCGCUGAACCACCACGUGCCAGGAGCACACACGCCUCGCCAGCCACCUCCCGUGCACGUUCCUCACAACACUCCACGACUGCAACCUCGGCCACUCCUCCGCCUCUUCCAACUUCUCCCAGGCCUGUGCUGCCAUCUCUCCCUCACCUUACUAUCCCUCCCCCCUCCUAUCCCCCACCAUCUCCACCCACACAAUCCUCACCCCAGGCUGCAGGAGAGCAGGAAGACAUGGAUGGACAGAGGGAUGCUGCUCGUACCAGCCAAUCCCCCAGAGCUGGGAUGGGCAGGGGACUAUAAAGUAGGUGUCCAUGAUGCAACAACCCGUGUAACAUUAAAUUUAUAGUAUAAAUUUGAAGGUUUAAAGACCUAGAUGUAUUAUCCAUUUACUCCCUAGAAGAAAAUGAAUCAUGUAAUGGUGUUUGGUUGGGCUCUGUGCUCAUACUGGUUCGAGAGAAAACUCCCUAUGGCAAUACUCUUAUGACCACAGCGUGUAGGGGGAGCAAUGUACUGGAUCUCUCUGUAAGCUACAAAGAGAAAGAUCUCAAAGGUUUGUUUGCAUCUCAAAUCGAGAUUAUGCGCAUGACUGCUCACCAUAUAACCUCCUCAUACUGGAAUCCAAGCACUCAGAUCCCAAAUUAUAAGUUUAAAAAUCUACCAGUAAGAAAUUAUGAAAAUUUUCAGAUAAUAGUGAGAGUUAACAGGAAGUGUUAUGAUUUUGCAUUGUUCCCUACAAACUGUAAAUACAAACAAACUGAGUUACUCCCAUGUUGUGAACUUCCUCAUAUCCAAACUGACAUGACUGAAUCAGCUCAUCCCAUUUCAUUAUUUUGUGUUCCUUUUUAUUCAUGUAGUAAUUCAUUCUACAGUAAGGCUGCAAAUAUGAACUUGUAGUCACACACUUGUACAGACGUUUGUGAAACUGAACUAAUCAAGUAUUUCCAUUUGCUGCUGGAGACUGAGAUUUGUUCUAUUAUAUAGUGUGUUUAAACUUGAACUGUCACUCAAAGUCUUGUGAGUUUCUCCACAAAUGUAUGUUGGACAGCUGGGGAAAAAUCUUAAGAUGCAAAAUGUUGAGUAAAGGCUUUGCAAUAACAAACACACACGCGCGCGUGCACGCACACACACACACACACACACACACACACACACACACACACACACACAUACACUCACACACUCACACACAUGCUCCUUUUUAUCAUGUAAGAAGUCUUUCUGAAGUUCACCUGCUUUUGGAUCUAUGUAACACCAGGUUAUGUGAUUUUCUCCCAAACAAGUAUAGACAUCCACUAUUUUCUGCCCCUAUGUAAACUGUGCUCUAUUUGCAAGUCUUUCAAUAAAAAA